GAUGCUGCAGGCAAGGUGCUUGACCGCUGGGCCAUCAUGUCCAGGGAAGAAGAGAUCAUUACCCUUCAGCAGUUCCUGAGAUUUGGAGAAACCAAAUCCAUCGUGGAGCUGAUGGCGAUUCAAGAAAAAGAAGGGCAGGCUGUGGCUGUGCCAUCUUCAAAGACAGAUUCAGAUAUAAGGACUUUUAUUGAAAGCAAUAAUCGUACCAGGAGCCCAAGUCUCCUUGCUCACCUGGAGAAUAGCAACCCUUCCAGCAUUCAUCAUUUUGAAAAUAUCCCGAAUAGCCUUGCAUUUCUGCUUCCGUUCCAGUACAUAAAUCCAGUCUCUGCUCCUCUGCUGGGGCUGCCUCCAAACGGCCUCCUGCUGGAACAGCCAGCAAUGAGGCUUCGUGAACCAAGCCUUACGACCCAAAAUGAAUAUAAUGAGAGCAGUGAAUCUGAAGUUUCCCCUACGCCUUUCAAGAAUGAGCAAACAUCUAGAAAAAAAAUGACCAGCAUCACAAAUGUUGAGCCCAAAACUGAGCCAACCUGUGUCUCUCCUGUUCAGACGCCUACACCUGUCAAUGAUUUAUCGAAAACAGAACACACGAAAAGCUCAUUCCGCAUUCACAGAAUGAGGAGAAUGGGGUCGGCCUCCAGGAAAGGAAGAGUGUUUUGCAAUGCAUGUGGCAAAACUUUCUAUGACAAAGGUACUCUUAAAAUCCACUACAAUGCCGUUCACCUGAAAAUCAAGCACCGGUGCACUAUUGAGGGCUGCAACAUGGUCUUCAGCUCUCUCAGAAGCCGCAAUCGCCACAGUGCUAACCCAAAUCCCCGCCUCCACAUGCCUAUGCUAAGGAAUAACCGUGACAAAGAUCUGAUUCGUGCUACAUCAGGGGCUGCCACUCCAGUCAUAGCAAGUACGAAAUCCAACCUAACUUUAACAAGCCCUGGGCGUCCACCAAUGGGGUUUACCACUCCUCCUCUAGAUCCUGUACUACAGAACCCUCUUCCCAGUCAGCUGGUGUUCCCAGCUUUAAAGACUGUCCAGCCUGUUCCUCCUUUUUACAGAAAUUUACUUACUCCUGGAGAGAUGGUGAGUCCUCCAACCUCACUCCCUACCAGUCCAAUAAUACCAGCAGUGAGUGGCAUGGAGCAGCAUCCCCCUCCUCCUUCAGAGUCGUCAGUACCUUCAGUGCUGAUGCCUACCCCAGAGCCUAAUGCUGACCUUGCCCCCAAGAAAAAGCCAAGGAAGUCAAGCAUGCCAGUUAAAAUUGAAAAGGAAGUUAUCGAUACUGCUGAUGAGUUUGAUGACGAAGACGAAGAGGUGAAUGACAGCAGCACAAUGGUGAAUGACAUUGGUCAUGACAAUCACUGCCAUUCUCAGGAGGAAAUGAGCCCAGGCCUGUCUGUGAAAGACUUCUCCAAAAGUGACAGAGGCAGAUGCAUUUCCAGACCAGACAUAAGAAGAGCAGACAGCAUGACAUCAGAAGACCAGGAGCAUGAGAGAGACUAUGAAAAUGAGUCAGAGUCCUCAGAGCCCAAACUGUGUGAGGAAUCCAUAGAAGGUGAUGAUCGCCUCCAUGAACCUGGUGAAAAAUCUAUCAUGCACAGUGACAGACCAGAUGAAAAUCACAAUGACUCUUCCAACCAGGAUGUCAUUAAGGUGAAGGAAGAGUAUACAGACCCUACAUAUGAUAUGUUCUACAUGAGCCAAUAUGGACUGUACAAUGGAGGCAGUGCCAGUAUGGCUGCCCUUCAUGAAAGUUUCACUUCUACAUUCAACUACAGCAGCCCUCAGAAGUUCUCCCCAGAAGGUGAAAUGUGCUCCAGCCCAGACCCCAAGAUCUGCUAUGUGUGCAAGAAAAGUUUCAAGAGCUCCUACAGUGUGAAGCUUCACUACAGAAAUGUUCAUUUAAAAGAGAUGCAUGUCUGCACAGUGUCUGGCUGUAAUGCUGCGUUCCCAUCACGGAGAAGCAGAGACAGGUCAGUAAAUAUUAAUUGA